GCUCCACCAUCUCUGUUUGAUUUCUCCAACCAGGAUGGAUCUUUCUGAGGGGAAUGUGUACGAGAACCCAGAGCCGACCUACGAGAACCAGUCAUCAGGCGAAUAUGAAUUGCCCUACGAGGCCUCAUACGAAGAUCUUUCGCAUCUGACUCCUGAGUAUGAAAACGCCGAAGUGGCCUCGAGAAGAAUACCAGCUCCUCCUUCGAUCCCGGCGCCUGAGCCUCCCACAGAGGAGAGGCGAGGAAGCACGUCCUCUUCCUCAUCCUCCUCAUCGUCUUCAUCAUCUUCUUCUUCUCAUGAGAAAGAAGAGCAGAAAGUGGAGCUGGAGAGUUCCAGUGGGGAGGAGGAGGUGGAGGAAGAAAAAGAAGAAAAAGAGGAAGAAGAAGAGGAGAACACAGAGGUAGAGCCGUUAAAUGAGUUAAACUGGGAGAUGGAGGUGGACAAAUCACGCAGAUCCUCAUCCUCGUCAUCAUCUUCAUCAGCCUCUGAGAAGGAAACAGCUAAGGAGAAGCCAGAGCCUGACGAAGAUGGACCAAAGGUCAUGCUCUUUGUUAAGGCUGGGAGUGAUGGUGAGAGCAUUGGAAACUGUCCUUUCUCCCAGCGCCUCUUCAUGAUCCUGUGGCUGAAAGGUGUUGUCUUCAACGUCACCACUGUUGACCUAAAGAGGAAACCAGCUGAUCUUCACAACCUGGCCCCCGGGACACAUCCACCCUUCCUCACCUUCGAAGGGGAAGUUUACUCUGAUGUCAACAAAAUAGAGGAAUUCCUGGAGGAAAAGCUGGCUCCACCAAAGUACCCCAAACUUGCAGCAAAGAAUCGUGAAUCCAACACAGCAGGAAAUGACAUAUUUGCCAGAUUUUCAGCUUUUGUCAAAAAUACAAAACCGGAUAAAAAUCAAGCUUUAGAGGCCAAUCUAAACAAGGCCCUGGCUAAGCUGGACGAGUACCUGAUUAGUCCUCUCCCUGAUGAGGCAGACGAGGGAGAAUCCACCCGCAAGUUCCUGGACGGAAAUGAACUGACACUUGCUGACUGCAACCUUCUACCAAAGCUUCAUGUCGUUAAGGUGGUUGCAAAGAAAUACAGAAACUAUGACAUCCCGUCAGAGUUCAGAGGUUUGUGGCGGUACCUUGGAAAUGCUUACAAACAGGACGAGUUCAUCAACACCUGUGCAGCUGAUGUGGAAAUCGAGCUAGCCUAUAAGGAUGUCGCCAGGAGGCUGGGGAAAUGAAUGCAUCACAAGCACUCAAGAACCUUUUUAUCUUUUAUUGAGAAAUAUCUAAUAAAUCACUUCUUUUUUUUUUGGAAAACCAUUACAUACGCUUUUGGCACAGUAUGUGUCACUUGUAAUAGUAAUAUAGUAAAUAUGUUUAACUGUAGCACACUGGUAUGAUGUUUCAGAGAAGGUGCUAAAAAUCAUGAAUCGUGUUUGUAAUGGUAUUGUGUAGCAGCAGAUGUCUGACGCAUCAAACGAUGCUUGCAAACUAAAGAGGCUGAAAAUUGUUUCAUAAUGAUUAUACUACAGUCAUUUUUCAAAAAAGAUUCAAUGAGGAAAAAUGUAUGAAGUUUGCAGCUCAGUGUUUAGUCAUAGUAAAUCCCUUCCUUAAGCAACAACUGUCCAGUCAUCAGUGAUUAAUGAACUGACAGCAGGUGAACUAAGUAAAAUCACCUGGGGAGUGUAGUUCACACUACAUUCAAACAUAAAGAUCAAACUGACAAUGUACAAAUAGGAAAAAACUGUAGCAUUAAAAUCAAAUGCCAGCAAAAAAAUUUUUUAAAAAGAAAGACAAACAAAAAACAUUCCGUUAAAUUUAGCGCAAAUUAAAAAAAAUCCCUUUUUGUUCACAGGUCAUGCAAAUAUAACACACCCUACUAUUCAUAGUCAGAGUUUUGUGGUGGUAUUGUACCAAGCAACAUUACAUCAUUAGCCUCUGGAAACACUAUGUGUUAAUAAACACUAAUAAUUAAAUAAGUAGUAAUAGCUGACACCUGGCAUAUUCAAUUUUACUUUUACAACUUCAUAUUAAACAUAUUAAAAACUACGAUAGGCAGAUAUUUUCACAGCUGGGAAACCUUUUAAAUCACAAAACCGUCCCAGUGUUCUUUUAUGGUUUACAUGGGUCAGAUUCUCUGCAAAUAUUCGUCAUUCUUUUAGCCUUUCUUGAGUAAAUAAACAAAUAAUAAUAAAAUAAUAAUAAUUAUAGAAUAAUAAUAAAAUAAAUAAACUCCUGUAUUUGUUGGAGUUUUAUUUUUGCUUUAACUUUGGCCAAGUUAGCCUUAAUUUGCUAAUUGGCUAGCUUUUUCCUCAAGGCUCAUAGACAGG